UGCUUGUUUCACAGUUGCAUUUCGCUCGGAUUAAAUAUGAAAUUGUUGGGAGUUGUCUGUCUUUUUGCCUUGGUGCUUCUUGCAUCCGCCGAAGAUGAAAAGAAACCAGUGGCUGAAGCUAAGGUAGAUGAUACCAACGCCGAAGGAUCGAACCUCGAGGAGAAGAAACAGGACAAACGAGGCCUGCACGACUGGGCUGGCUUCAGCGGUUUCGAGGAAAAACACGACAUUCCCCACUUCGAAACCCAUGAGGAGAAAACUUUGACCGUGAUAAAGAAGGUUCCAGUGCCGUACCCAGUCGAGAAGCACAUUCCGGUGCCGGUGGAAAAACACAUCCCCGUUCCGGUGAAAGUUGGAGUACCAAAGCCAUACCCAGUCUACAAAACGGUGCACUACCCGGUCAAAGAAAUCGUGAAGGUACCAGUCCACGUACCAGCUCCAUACCCAGUUGAGAAGAAGGUGCCAUACCCAGUCCAUGUACCGGUUGAUAACCCAGUCCCAGUUAAGGUGUACGUUCCAGCCCCAUACCCAGUGGAAAAGAAGGUCCCGGUUCCAGUGAAGGUCCCAGUCCCAGCUCCAUAUCCAGUUGAGAAGAAGGUCCUGGUGCCGGUGAAGGUUCCAGUUCAUGUUGAAAAGCCAUACCCAGUCGAGAAGGUCGUUCACUACCCAGUGCAUGUCCCAGUUGACCGACCAGUUCCAGUCCAUGUUGACAAACCGGUACCAGUGCCAGUGGAGAAACCAGUCCCGUACACCGUAAUCAAGAAGGUCCCAUACCCAGUCCAUGUCCCGGUUGACCGACCGGUUCCAGUACACGUAGACAAACCGGUGCCAGUUCCAGUUAAGGUACAUGUGCCUGCUCCGUACCCAGUUGAGAAGCACAUUCCAGUUCCAGUAUACAAGAAUGUACCGUAUCCGGUCAAGGUCCUGGUCGACCACCCAAUUCCCAUUGAAAUCGAGAAGCAUAUCCCAGUAACCGUCGAGAAGCCCGUCCCCGUUCCAGUGAAGGUCGCCAUCCCAGUCCCCGUACACCACGAGGAGGAACAUCACGAAAUACAUGAGCAUCACUAAGUCAAGAAGAGCCCCCAUCAUUUCAUUAUUUAUAUCGCAAAACUUGUGAUUUUAGUUUCUAAAACUAACGCCUCUACUACUAACAAAAAAAAUGCAAGAUCUUACCAACUAAACAGAGAAAGUAAAAACUGAUCAAAUGUCUGAUGAAGCAAACAAUAAAAGCAAAAUCUCGCUGAAAGCCAGUUCGGGCGAACUCCAUCGGACCAUCGAAUUUCGGUGUGCUUUCGCGGUGUUAUUCCAGCAGCUAGCAAACUGCUUUUUUCACCGGACCCGUAUUCGUGGGCCGACCAGAAUCGCCCGAACUCGCCACAUCAAUUCCCUGCAGAAUUGUA